UGUUACAUGUUUUGUUUAAAAGAUCAUAAUUUUUUUAGUUGGCAUUUAAUGAUCACUUGCUAAAGCAGAGGGUUUCCUGAGGGCUUCUUUUGGUACUUCAAUUUCCAGUGAACCAGCUUUUGUGUGGUUGGACAAGAUUCUCUAGAAACUCUCCUUUUUGUUUUUCUUUAAUACUCUGAUGAUCAUUUUGAUCCAAAUUCAUAUCUGAAUCAUGGGAGAUGGUACGCGAAAUGGGGUCUCGGCCGAUGAAUGCUUAUCGUGUGCUCAAGAGCUUGUUCCGAUGGCACUUGAUAAGGCAAGGGAGGUGAAAGUGUUCCCCGGUAGGUGGAAGAUGAUAAUUUCCAAACUGGAGCAGGUCCCUUCACGGUUAUCGGAUUUGUCGAGCCAUCCUUUCUUUUCGAAGAACACUCUAUGUAAGGAGCAACUGCAGGCCGUGUCGAAGACGUUGAAGGAAGCGAUCAAAUUGGCGGAUUCAUGUUUGAAGGAGAAGUAUGAAGGGAAGCUUAAGAUGCAGAGUGAUCUGGAUGCAUUAUCUGGGAAAUUGGAUCUGAAUUUAAGGGAUUGUGGACUUUUGAUCAAGACCGGUGUACUCGGGGAAGCUACUUUGUCUGUGUCUUUGGUCGGUCCAUCCUCGUCGGAAUCGGAGAUUGUGACGCAGGCUCAUCUAAAGGAACUGCUUGCACGUCUUCAUAUAGGGCACUUGGAAGCAAAGCACAAAGCGCUUGACAGCCUCGUUGAGAUCAUGGAGGAGGAUGAAAAGGGUGUAUUGUCUGUUAUGGGACGGAGUAAUAUUGCUGCUUUAGUCGAGUUGUUAACCGCGACUUCGCCUCGUAUUCGGGAAAAGACUGUAACUGCAAUCUGCUCGCUUGCAGAAUGCGGGAGUUGUGAGAGCUGGCUUGUUUCGGAAGGUGUUUUGCCACCUCUUAUCAGGCUUGUUGAAUCUGGUAGCACAGUUGGUAAAGAGAAGGCAAUAAUUUCGCUGCAGAGAUUAUCGAUCCCGACCGAAACAGCCCGAGCAAUUGUCGGACAUGGUGGGGUUCGACCACUAAUCGAAACCUGCCGAACUGGAGGCUCGGUUACACAGGCUGCAGCCGCUAGUACAUUGAAAAACAUAUCAGCCGUUCCCGAGGUUCGACAAGUACUAGCAGAGGAAGGAAUAAUAAAGGUAAUGAUCAAUCUCCUUGAUUGUGGAAUUUUGUUGGGUGCCAAAGAAUAUGCUGCAGAAUGCCUGCAGAACCUUACUGCCAGCAAUGAGAAUCUGAGAAGGUCCGUCAUAUCAGAAGGUGGAAUUCGAAGUCUAUUGGUAUACCUCGAUAGUCCUUCGCCCCAAGAAUCCGCAGUUCGAGCCUUGAGGAACUUGGUAGGCUCGGUAUCCAUAGAAGUUCUUAAGUCACUCGGCUUCCUCCCUCGAUUAGUUCAUGUGCUUAAAUCCGGAUCGCCGGGUGCACAACAAGCUACCGCAUCGGCAAUUUGUCAAGUAUGCGGAACGAGCGAAACCAAAAAGCUCGUGGGUGAAGCCGGUUUCAUUCCUCAUCUUAUCAGAAUGCUCGAGGCUAAAUCAAGCAAUGCUAGAGAAGUAGCUGCUCAAGCCCUUUCAAGCUUGGUAACCGUCUCCCAAAAUUGCAGAGAAGUGAAAAGGAAUGAUCAAAGCGUGCCGAAUCUAGUCCAGUUGCUCGAUCCGAGCCCGCAAAACACUGCAAAAAAGUACGCAGUGUCAUGCCUAUCAUCUCUUUCAUCAAGUAAGAAAUGCAAGAAGCUUAUGAUCGCAUACGGAGCGAUCGGGUAUCUCAAGAAGCUUUCAGAGAUGGAUGUCCCCGGUGGGAAGAAGCUACUCGAGAGGCUCGAAAGGGGGAAAAUCCGGUGUCUGUUUAACCGGAAAUAGUGAGAAAGAAACGAAAGGAACUCCCUCGUUUCUGUAUAAUGAAAAAUUCCCCUUUUUCCCCUUGUUCAUCCAUCUUCCUUGUAUGAUGUUCCAUUGUCUGUAUGAAACAAUGUAGUUAUAUAUGCUAUCAAUGUUUCUAUAUUUAUU